CUCUCUCUAGACGCUCCCGCCAGUCCGCCGAAGAAGGCAUCGGGGCUUCUCAAACUCCUCUCCGCGCCCUAGGGUUCAGCUUGGUCUCCAUUAAUGGAGAGCCUCGCCCUGGCUUCCUCCAUAUCCCCAGUUCUCAUAGGUUCUCCGAACCCCGUCGAGAUCCUGAGACGGCGGUGGUCGUUUGGUCCGGCUCUUCCCUUGUUGGCGUCGAGAGGAAACAGCACCAGCCGGAGAAGAAGGACAACUUUCUCUGUGUGUUCGCUAAGAAAUGGAGGGGGAGAUGGUGCCUCUUCCCAGAGGAUUUUGGAAACUGGAAAAGCAGAGACACAAAUUUUUGCAAGUAUUUCAUCUUCAAAUGAUAGUGGUACAUCCACAGUUUGUGGCAAUCCUCAAUUCCAAGUGCCAUCCCCAGCACCCUACUUAAGCUCGCCUCUUUUAUGGAUUGGAGUUGGAAUUGGUCUAUCAGCUACAUUGUCAGUGGUGGCAACAAAAUUUAAGAGAAGGGCAAUACAGCAGGCAUUCAAGGCCGUGAUGGGUCAAGAAGCACCACUAAAUGGCCAAUUUAAUAAUGCUGCCUUCUCUCCAGGCUCUCCAUUCCCAUUUCCUUCUGCAUCACCAUCAGCUCCAACUCCUGUUACUUCCCACCCAGUUGCAGCAGAAAAUGUUGCUGCAACUAAAAUAGAAGCAACUCCACAAACAAAAGACGGAGACAAAGCCGUAGUAAACAAAGAAGCAAGUAAACAUGAAGAUGCUCCUGCAACUAAAAUUGAAGCAACUUCUCCUGCUGAAAAUGGAGAUAAACCAAUAAUAAACAAUGAAGCAAUUAAACAUGGAGAUGUCGCUGCAACACCUGUUGCUUCCCAACCAGCUGCUGCAGAUAAUGCCCCUGCAAUCAAAGUUGAAGCAACUCCACCAAAGAAAGACAAAGUUGAAACUGCAGUAAACAAUAAAGGAACUAAACAUGGAGAUGUACCUCCAACACUUCUUGCUUCCACACCAGUUGCAGCAGAAAAUGCCCUUCUUGCAGCUGAAGUUGAUGCAACUCUGCCAAUUAAAGACAGAGAUGAAACUGUAGCAAAGGAUAAAGAAACUAAACAUGGAGAUAUACCUCCAAAACCUGUUGCUUCCCCACAAGUUGCAGCAGAAGAUGACCCUGCAACCAACGCUGAGGCAAUUCCACCAACAGAAGACAAAGUUGAAACUAAUAAACAGUGAAGAAACUAAACGUGACAUUUGACCUACUCCAGAUUGGCGGCACCUUGUUGCAUCUGAUGUCAAACAAUGCAUAUGUCAUGUAUUUUUUAUUUUAUUAUGUUAAUCAUCAAAUAUGGGCAUGUUUGAUUGUUUUUGGCAUGUUUUAAAGACUAUUCUUCUUAAGAAAAUUCUUGAGCCUUCCAACAAGAGGAAAUGUAUUGUAUUCAUUCAUUUUUUUCUGAAUGCAUUGUAUUCAUUCAUUUUUUGGGUGGAGAGGAGGGGUAUCUGUUUACUGAUUUAUAGAAUAUAAAAGAUUAUCUUCUGGCUUGAGCUUUAACUUUACUCUCCCACCA